AUGUACAUGCUGGAUCUGGAAGUGGAUGAGAAACUUCGAUCAGGCAUCUACGAAGUAAAAUGUCCGGGUUUUGAGGAAUUUGUGGUUGUUAAGUUCGCCCGCUUUCCCUGGGAGAUUGGGUACAUGGAGGGCGAGACUUGUGCCCAACGGUUGAUUAAAGAUCCUGGCAAUGGCCCCCGGCUCUUGGGACAUCUCACUGAAAAUGGUCGUGCUAUUGGGUUCAUCUUGGAGCAUGUCACUGAUGUGCGAUAUGCUGAACUGAAGGAUCUUGUGUCUGUCGGCAAAUACUCACUCGUUUACAUGCUUUGGGUAUCAUGCAUGGUGGUAUAA